UCUCAAUGGGCCGUCAAUAAUAGAUCCAUUCAACAUCCACCAUUCACCACUCUCAGCCUCAGCCCGACUCUAGGAAUCGACAUCGAUAAUCCACACACAUAGGAAGGAUGACCGGCAAACCAAUCAUCCCAACCCUCCGCAUCCCAACAGCACCCUCCUUCCCCCUCUCCUCCCCCAUCACUGAAGAAAUUCCCAGCCCGCCGUCCUCAACCUGUUCAGAUGAAAGACAUCACCAUCAUCACCGGGAUAACCGCCAUCAACCCGUCGAGGUCUCCAAGACAGCGCGGCUGAUGCCGCUGCUGCAUACGUCUGAGCGGGACGCGCAUCGGAGUCAGAUGGUUGAGACGGAUGAGCAGGGUGGGUUGAAGGUUGCUGGCGCUGGUACGAGUCCUGAUGCGAGGAAGCCAGUGGGUUUGAACCUGGUGACUGAUUUCUCGUCAUCAUCGCUGUCUGUCCCCAAGCCUAAGAAGCGGGGUCCGACGCUGGUUGAUUUGGAAGGUUUAAAGACGCUAUGUCGGACGCGCGAGCGGGAGAGAUCAGUGCAGAUGAUCAAGGGGAUUCUUAAAAAGAGGAGGUCGCAGGGUCUGCGACGUGUUCAAGUCCCAGAUGGAUCGUUGGAGCCGAGGAGGGCUGUUUUUGACUCCCAUUCACCAGUAACCGAGGAAACUCAUGAGCGGCCGAAUAAGAAGCGCAAAGAUGAACUCUCGCCGGGUGAUAGACCGAUCACGAUUGGACUCAGCGUUACGUAUGCGGAUUCUGUGGAUUCGGAUUCGGAUAAGGGAAAAUCGAGAGAAAGAGAGAUUGAGGGUAUUGAUAGCCAGAUCACCCCCGUGACGCCGUCGAUUAUUGUCACCCCGGCUGGAGAGGAUAGUUUCUGGGAGGAUGAUAUUCCGGGACAGCAGCAGCAUCCGAGACCUCGGGUUGCGUCGAGUAUUUAUUCGACGCCGACGCCGAAUCCUAUGAUUGAUUACGACGAAGUACCGCCUGUUCCUGCUAUUCCGGCGUAUCACUCUAGGGCGCCAACGGCGACGGCGACUCCGAAUUUACAGCAGACACCGAAUGUACAACAACAACAACAGCAACAACAACAACAACGGAGGUCGAUCUUUAGAACGAGAAAGUCGCGCGCAUAUUCUACAGGAACUCUCUUCGAAGAAGACGACAGCCCAGCCUCAGCACAACCGCAACCGCAACCCGAACCGCAACCCCGGCCUCGCUCUGAACGAAGAAAAGCCCUAUCCAAGCUUAGCAUCAACACAGAUACAAACCGCCACCAAUCCCAGGGGUGGUGGACGUACCUUCUCUCCCCAUUGUUGAAAUCCAGCGCCUCGACAUCCGCAAAAACGUUAACGCCAACGAGCCCCGAUCGACCGCCUCUACUACCAGAGCUACGUGCGAACUCAACUGUCUCUAGCGAAGAUUGGUGGGAGAAAGAUUCUACUUCGAAAGAAGUCUCAUGCUUCUCACCUGAUACACCCGAGACUGAGAAUGGUAUUAACCCCGUUGAGUGCGGAUGGCAGGGCGUGACGACGACUACGAAUCCGUUUUUGAACAUGGAUCGAGGUGUGUAUACAAAUACAAACCGAGGCAACGAGGGCGGUAAUGACAUGGCAUCGGGGAUGUUCGCAGGACAGGUGAUUCAGGGCUGUGCGGCGGAGUACUACCAAGCGUGCGCGCAUGAGUUGUUCAGCGGGAGGCCGUAUUUCGAGUGUGUUGGGCAUGUCUGCUCGAUUACGCCGGUGGCUCCAGCUAUUCAAGUCUCUGAAGCUGCGAAGGUGGAAGAGAAAUCGGGUGGGAAAGGUGUUGCUGGUUUUGCUGUUGUGGACAAGCAUGCGGAAGUCCAAAGCCCUAACUCCGAGAAUGACCGCGCGCAGUAUUUCUCUGGCUCUACGGCUGUUAAUGCACCCUCUGUGAGGGAGCCCGAGACUAUGAAUACCGCGAAACCCAAAGAGGGUGCUCGCAAUCUGACGAUCGAGACGGGCUCUCGACAGCCUGACCUUUUGAACCCGUUCACCCAGACGACAGCAGCCCGUCCAGCAACACCAGUCACCCCAUUUUGCGUCCCCCCUGUCGCCGCAUCGCCUCCACCACCACUUCCACAGACAAACACAGCCACGACAGUCACAGUCGAAAGAGCAGUCCCUCACUACAUCGUCGUCCCGCAGAGCCAACCACCACAGGCCCCGUCCCCGGUCUCUCCCGCGUUUCAGCAGGCUACUGAACGGACUGGGAUUCCGUUAUCUAGUCUACAGAACGGACCAGCUCCAUCGUCUAACGCGCAGGGUGGUCUGGAACCCCCCAAAGCACCUGCUGCUCUUGCUAGUCAAGUCAGUCUGUGGCCGAACCCUCAUCCCACGGGAACCGCACCAACAAACACAUCCAACGACGGUUAUGUCGUCCAAUGGCCUAACCAUCAUCCAGAAAGAGACGUAACACCACCAAUCAUCCAGAGAGAAUUCACCACAACACAAAUCCACGAAAAACAAGACAAAACCGCCAAAAACAGCAGCAAACCAAGCAUCCUGGCCAAAUGCCUGAACCGCAAAACCGACAAAAAAUCCAAAACAAAACGCCGCUGCUAUGCCGCCAUCGCCUGCCUCUUCUUAAUGAUCCUCGUCGUGGCAAUCCUCCUCGCCGUCUUCCUAACACAUAAAUCCGGGCCCUCCAGCCCCUCUACCGACACAAACACCACAAAAACAACACUCGCGACGAUCGCUGGUCCGAAAUCAAAGAAACAGGAAUCGGGGUGUGUUUAUCCAGAGACGUUGUGGAGUUGCGCGCUGCCGAAGGAGCAGCAAGAGAAUAAUAACCCGUAUGACGCGGAUGAGCCGAACUUUCUGGUUCAGAUUCGGUUUCGCAAUGGGACGUAUUCGAGGAGUACGGUGCCCGUUUCGAAGAGGAGUGGCAGUGGUAAUAGUACCUGGGAGCCUUCGCCCUCGGUGCCAUCAACACGAGAUCAAGAGUUUCUGGGAAAUACAACAGAUAACAACGCCGAGCCGUACGCGGGCGAAGAAACACCAUUCUUCAUGACCUUCCUUUCAACACAAUCCUCCUCAAACUCAACUUCCGACUCCAGUCUCACACGAAGAAGUUUCUUCCCCAACCUCACAGACAUAAUCCCACCACCUGACUCCGACUCCGACGGCACAGCAGCCCCAGCAAACCUCUACCCCCUCCCUGAAUCCCAGCCGAUACGACUUUACAACCGCGACCAAGACGACGAGCACUACGGGUUCUACGCGUACUUUGACAAAUCGAUAUUCCUCGAAUCCGACGCCCCGCUGAAUGGAAAGCCAGUUGAUACGAUCUCAAGCGACAAGAACGGGGGUUCGACAAAGGAAAACGCACGGGUACGAUGUACAUGGUCCCAAACGCGGUUUUUGGUGAAGAUUUGGACGAGGGGGGAGAAAUCGGGGAAGACGGUGCUUCAAUCAUCUACCGGCACCACCACCACCACUUCCUCAACCUCCAGCCCUACCGCCACCGGCACAUCUAGUAUAACGGCCGAAGACUACACCCGCCCGGGCACAUUCCCGUACCCAGUGACAAUAACCCUCGACCGCCACGGCGGCAGCGCAUCCCAGAAAAUGGUCUAUUGCUACGGCAUGUCCGACGACAUGUCGUUGAAUUCCACAGAGAUAAAACUGCAGGUCGAGGAGAGGGGGUAUGAUGGGACGCUUGUGAAUGCGGCGCCGGGGGUGUUUAAUAGUACGAGUGUUGUUAGUGAUGAUGGCUGGGGAGGGGUUGAUGGGGGAACUGGGGGGUGUGGGUGUGAGUGGGUUAAUUGGGGGGUUUAGUUGUUUUUAUUUUGGGGAUAGUUUGGGUUGAAAUGAGAUAGGGUUGAGGGGAUUGAUCUUUUGAACUGGAGGAGAUAGGAUAGAAUUGGAUAUGGUAUAUGAUUAAUGUAUUAUAGCACUUGGCUAACACAAACAAGCAAUGAUUAAUUAAACCAAAACAGAACAAAACGCCUCUACC